AUGGCUUCCACAAGCAACACAAGCUCUCCCGAGGAGCAAACCCACGAUGCAAUCACCGCCGAAGAGAUAACAGGGGAGGAACCACCUAAUAGUCCUCAGACAUCCACCGACCCAUCGUCCCAGAAGAGGCCCAACGCAUUCACAGAACUCAUGUCUAGCUCGAAGAAACCGAAGCCUACUGCGGCAUUCACUUCACAGUCUCCAGGAGCUCUUCAGAAAGCGAAAGAUGCCUCGAAAGGCUGGGAUCCGCGCAAUGGUCUGGCACUGUAUAUUGAAAAGCCAGAGACGAACCCUGAGGGCAGGGUAGUUGAGUAUGACGACGACUACGUUGUAAUCAAUGAUAAGUAUCCGAAGGCAAGCGUGCACCUUCUGCUCAUCCCCCGCAAGCCCGAGUACUACACCCAGCACCCCCUCCAACUCCUCUCAACAGCCACAGCCUUCCGCGCCGAAGUCUGCAAUCGCGUGGCCCGUCUUAAAGUCCUCGCAGCCUCCGAACUCCGUCGGCAGUACGGCCACCUCAGCGUCUCAGACACCCCAUACCAGGAGGCUCUGGAGGUCUUGAUGUCUUCCACCGAUGACCCACCGCCACCUAAAGAACGCGCCGCUCUUCUUCCACCCGGUCGCGACUGGCUCUCCGACAUCGUAGCAGGCGUCCACACGCACCCGUCCAUGAACCACCUGCACAUCCACGUCUUCAGCCGGGAGAUGCAAUCGCCAUGGAUGAAGCACAAGAAACACUACUUGAGCUUUAAUACAACCUUCUUGGUGCGGUUGGAGGAGUUUCCGCUAGAUGAGGGGAGCGAACGCUUUCAUCCAGGGAAGUGGCCGAAUUGGGAUAUGAAGUGCUGGCGGUGCGGGAAGAACUUCAAGAACAAGUUUGCCGCACUGAAGGUGCAUUUAGAAGAGGAGUUUGAGCAGUGGAAGAAGGAGUGA